AUGGCUGGAGUGCUGUGUAUGUGCGGGCUGAUGAGACUUUUGACGUCCUUGUUCAUUCCGGCUCUUAUUGCCAGUAUCACAGCCACGCUUCUGCUGGGAAUUCUUCUGUGUUGCCUUCGGCUUUGGAUUGCCCAAAAGAAAAAGUCAUCUGUGCAGUUAAGCAGCAAUGGCCAGGCACAGAAAGUAGUUGCAUUUUUCCAUCCAUACUGUAAUGCAGGAGGAGGAGGGGAGAGGGUUCUUUGGUGUGCUCUCCGAGCGUUACAGAAGAGGUACAAGAACUCUGUGUACGUUGUCUAUACAGGAGACAAAGAUGUAUCUGGAGAGCAGAUUCUAAAUGGAGCCACCGGGAGAUUUAACAUCAAGUUGUCAUAUCCUGUAAAGUUCAUAUUCCUGGAAAAGCGAAACCUUGUGGAAGACCGACUUUACCCACAUUUCACCCUGCUGGGUCAGAGCUUGGGCUCCAUUGUUCUUGGGUGGGAAGCACUGACAAAAUGUGUUCCUGAUAUUUAUAUUGAUUCCAUGGGCUAUGCAUUUACAUUGCCGCUGUUUAAAUAUUUGGGGGGUUGUCGUGUGGGCUGUUAUGUGCACUAUCCAACUAUCAGCACAGAUAUGUUGUCUGUAGUUCGCGACCACCGUGCUAGGUUCAACAACUCUGCCAUCAUCUCCAACAAUCCUGUGCUGAGCAGACUAAAGUUAAUCUACUAUUAUCUAUUUGCUUGGCUUUAUGGAUGGGUUGGCUCGUGCAGUGAUUUGGUGAUGGUUAACUCUACAUGGACCUUUAACCACAUCCUGGAUUUAUGGAAAUGUAGUGAACACACGAGCAUAGUUUAUCCACCUUGUGAUGUGCAGACAUUUUUAGAUAUUAGUCUGGAGGUGGAGCAAAAGAGGAAGGGGCACUCCAUUGUGUCUAUUGGCCAAUUUAGGCCAGAGAAGGACCACCCUCUGCAGAUUCGAGCUUUCAGAAUUUUGUUGGAACGGAAGUCACCAGACGAACAAGCAGACCUAAAGCUCAUUUUGGUUGGUGGAUGCCGCAACAAGCAAGAUGAACUUCGCGUGGAAGAGCUAAAGAAGCUCAGCAAAGACUUGGGAGUUCCUGUGGAGUUUAAAGUAAACAUUCCCUUUGAUGAACUGAAGAGAUGCCUUAGUGAAGCCACCAUUGGGUUGCACACCAUGUGGAAUGAGCACUUUGGAAUUGGAGUGGUGGAAUGUAUGGCAGCUGGGACAAUAAUUCUGGCUCACAACUCUGGAGGCCCCAAACUAGACAUUGUAGUGCCGUAUGAAGGACAAGAAACUGGCUUCCUUGCUGACAGCGAGGAUACCUUUGCUUCCGCUAUGGAGCACAUCUUGUGUCUGCCUGAACACAAAAGACUGCAGAUCAGACAGAAUGCACGACAGUCCGUCUCUAGAUUCUCAGACCAGGAGUUUGAAGCAAACUUUCUUUCUGCUACUGAUUUACUAUUUAAGUAA